CGGCCCGCGGGCCGAGUCGCGGUGCUGGAGGGAGGAGGUGGUGCCCGGGCCGAGGUGCGGUACCGGGCGCGUGAAGACGGACGCUGGAGGAGCGGAUGUAAGAGCACAGCAGAAAAUGUCCACUGAGCGAACUUCUUGGACGAGCCUGUCCACGAUUCAGAAAGUAGCCCUGGGCCUUGGGAUCCCAGCCAGUGCUGCGGUUGCCUAUAUCCUGUACCACAGGUACAGGGAAAGCAGAGAAGAACGGCUGACAUUUGUUGGAGAAGAUGACAUCGAGAUAGAGAUGCGAGUUCCUCAGGAGGCUGUGAAGCUUAUCAUCGGGUGGCAAGGAGCCAAUAUUAAACAGCUGCGGAAACAGACAGGUGCUCGGAUUGAUGUGGACACAGAGGAUGUAGGAGACGAGCGAGUGCUACUUAUCAGUGGUUUUCCUGUUCAGGUGUGCAAGGCCAAAGCAGCAAUCCAUCAGAUCCUGACAGAGAAUACCCCAGUGUCUGAACAGCUCUCAGUGCCCCAGAGAUCUGUGGGCAGAAUCAUAGGGAGAGGUGGCGAGACAAUUCGUUCUAUCUGUAAGGCCUCUGGAGCCAAAAUUACCUGUGACAAAGAAUCAGACGGGACGUUACUAUUAUCAAGGCUUAUCAAAAUCUCAGGAACACAGAAAGAAGUGGCAGCAGCCAAGCAUUUGAUACUGGAGAAAGUGUCAGAAGAUGAAGAGCUUCGCAAGAGAAUCACCCAUUCUGCAGAAGCCAGGGUCCCUCGCAAGCAGCCAAUCAGCGUGAGGAGAGAGGAAACCCCGGAGCCAGGUGGUGCAAGGGAGCCUGCUUCGCGGAAAAAGGCCGGCUCGGGCAGCACACAUGCUGCACCCCUGGCAGUUCCUCCCCACAAAGGAGUCGGUGACUCAGCUGUUGUAGGACCAAAAGAGGGUUCUUGGGAGGAACCUGAUAACAGCUGUCAGAAGACCGGAGUCCAGGCCAGUCCAGAGAAGUCCAUUUUUGAAAGUAUGUAACAAAGAGGGAGCGUAUUAAGCAUGUGAAAGAUAGGAGUCCUGGUUUAACUAACCCC